AGAGCGGAAGGGGCUGGGGUCCGGCCCCCUUCGGGUUUCGGACGCGCUCGCGUCCAGGCCGCGCCCCGCCACCGGGUCAGAGCCGCGCCUCUGGACCUCAUGGCCUUUGGAUCUUCGCGGCCCAGGCGAGAUCGGCUGCUUUAAGAAAAAUGGCCCUCUCAGCCCAGCAGAUACCCAGAUGGUUCAACUCAAUUAAAUUGGGUAGCUUCAUCAAUGCUACACAACCCAGCAGACAUUUUCAGAGACCAGGAAGAAAAUUAUUGCGUGGCUCUUCUGCUAAGCCUCUGAUAUCCUCUGACAAUGGUGUACUCCAGUGGGGAUUUAAGACUUUUAGGACUUCCUCCUUAUGGAAUAGUUUCCAGCAUACCAACACAAGUAGGCAAGAGAAUAAUUCUGCCCAAAGCACUCGGCUUCCUUCUGUGAAUGAACAGUCACAGAAGACACAAAGGACACCCAACUUUGAUUCUGAGCUGUGUUUAGAAGAACUGGAAGAUUUACCUCCAUUGUCUCCAUUGCAACCAGUUUCCGAGAAAGAGGCUAUUCAAAUUAUUGCAGACCCUCUGUUGCCCCCAGUUUCAUUCACACUUCGAGACUAUGUGGAUCAUUCUGAGACUCUGCAGAAGUUAGUGCUUCUAGGGGUCGAUUUGUCCAAGAUAGAAAAACAUUCUGAUGCAGCCAACCACCUUCUGAGACUGGAUUUUGAGAAAGACUUUAAGAAAAUACUCCUGUUUCUUAAAGAUUUGGGUAUAGAGGAUAACCAACUGGGAGCAUUCUUGACUAAAAAUUAUGCCAUUUUCUCUGAAGACCUUGAAAAUCUUAAGAUCAGGGUGGCUUACCUACAGUCAAAAAAGUUCAGUAAGACAGAUAUUGCACAGAUGGUCAGAAAGGCACCAUUUUUGCUGAGUUUUUCGGUGGAAAGGCUGGAUAACAGAUUGGGAUUUUUUCAGAAAGAACUUGAACUUAAUGUGAAGAAGACUAGAGAUCUGGUAAUUCGUCUCCCAAGGCUGCUAACUGGAAGUCUAGAGCCUGUGAAAGAAAAUAUGAAGGUUUAUCGUCUUGAACUUGGUUUUAAACACAAUGAAAUUCAACAUAUGAUCACCAGAAUCCCAAAGAUGUUAACUGCAAAUAAAAGGAAACUUACUGACACUUUUGAUUAUGUGCACAACGUGAUGCAGAUUCCCCACCACAUCAUUGUAAGGUUCCCACAGGUAUUUAAUACAAAGUUGUUAAAAAUCAAAGAAAGACAUUUGUUUCUUACCUAUUUAGGAAGAGCACAGUAUGAUCCAGCAAAAUCUAACUACAUCUCUUUGGACAAACUAGUAUCUAUUCCUGAUGAAAUAUUUUGUGAAGAGAUUGCCAAAGCCUCAGUACAGGACUUUGAAAAAUUCUUAAAAACUCUUUAGUUUUUGAUGAAUAUUAAAAUGUAAUAAAGUGAAAGUAUAUAUGAAUAAAUAAAUAUAUUUUAAAUAAA